GAUAUGCUCUACGAUCCAUUGGCAACCACAAGGCGGCCCACGGCACCAGCACGCCCCCGUGGGGCGAUCAUCUGGCUGGGCUCAGCUUUUGACCAGCUCCAAUGCAGGAUGUUGUGGUCGUGGAUCUUGGAGGCGGCAGCGUGAAGCUGGGCAGCGCGCGGCAGCCCGACAACCCCAAGGUCUUCCCCAACGCCAGCGCCAAGCUCAAGGGCGAGCGUGGAGCAUUUGUGGGCGAGGCAAUGCUGGACACGAAGGAUGUGAGUGCGCUCAGUCUACGCCGCCCUGUGGACCGCGGCUUUGUGGUGGCCUGGGAACUGCAGCGCGACAUCCUGGCGCGGGCGGUCAAGAGCCUGCUGGGGUUGGUGCCGCCCUCCGCCUGCGGCCUGGUGCUCAGCGAGCCCUAUCUGAACCUGCCGGCGCUGCGGGAGGCGGCAGUGCACAUGGCACUGGAUGAGCUGGGGUUUGGCUCGGUGUAUCUAUGCACUCCCGCGGCGCUGAGCCUGCGCUGGCAUGCGCAGCGCCUGCCGGGGCUUCCUGCCAACCAGGCGGGGUGCGGGCUGGUGGUGGACGCCGGGUUUAGCUUCACGCAUGCGGUGCCGCUGUUUGACUGGCGGGUGCUGCCGGGCGCGAUUCGGCGCAUCGACCUGGGCGGCAAGGCGCUGACCAACUUCAUGAAGGAGCUGGUGUCGUACAGGAGCAUCAACAUGAUGGAUGAGGGCUACCUGCUGGAGCACAUCAAGGACCAGUUGUGCUUUGUCAGCGCCGAUGCGGCAGCAGACUUGCGCCUGGCGCGGGGGCGUAACUCGCCCUUCAGAAAAGAGUACGUGCUGCCAGACGGGCUGACCGACACGUGGGGGCACGUACGGACCGAGAAGGAGCAGCAGAUGCUGGCAGCGGCAGCGGCCGCACAGCGCGCAGGGCAGGGCCCUCCGCCUCCCAAGCAGCCAGUGCUGAUGGUGAACAACGAGCGGUUCAUGGUGCCAGAGGCGCUGUUCCACCCCUCAGACAUUGGCAUGGAGGAAGCGGGGUUGGCAGAGACGGUAGCUCAGGCGGUGCAGGCGGCCCAUCCCCACCUUCAUGCGCUGCUCUACUCGAACAUAUUGCUCACAGGCGGCACGGCGCGGUGCCCCGGCUUCCGGGACCGACUGUAUGCGGAGCUGCGGCCGCUGGUGCCUGAUGAUUACGAGCUGGGCAUCCACUUGGCGGAUGACCCGGCGCUGUGUGCGUGGAAGGGGGCCGCGCUGCUGGCGGCAUCCCCGCAGUACAUGCAGCUGGCGGUGACGCGACUGGAGUGGAGGCAGCAUGGGGCAGCAGCAUUUGCAAAGUGGGUUUAG